AACUAUUUGGCAUUUGGGUGGAUGGUAACACAGAGACCUCAACCGUGCAUGGACAUCUCCAAGCGUAAAGCUCCUCAUAGUUUCAGCAACGAAACAUAACUGUCCCCGCAGCACCAGGAGGAUGGCUUACUUUGACAGCAGCUGCCACUGCAGCAGCGAAAGACGACAGAACAGCAUCUUGUACAGCAUUUUGAAGAACGACAGUCAGUCUGCGCAACUUGGGAACCAGCCGAGGACCCCAAGACUCGCCGUGUCCAUGCGCGCGUGUGCGUGCGGAUCCAAGAGGAAGGUGUCUCUCCGCUCCCCACAAACCACAUGCAAAGCCGCCUCCGCGGUCCUGGUCAAGACCCUGAAGUUCGUGAAGAACGUCCCUUGUUUCCGGGAGCUGCCGGUGGAUGACCAACACACGCUGGUGCGGAGCUGCUGGGCGCCGCUGCUGGUACUCGGCAUGGCGCAGGACAGGAUCGACUUCGAGACUUCGGAGACGCAGGAGCCCAGCAUGUUGCAGCGGAUUUUAACGAGCGGACAGGACAAGCAGGACAACCAGAGUAAUAACAGUGGAGUGGCGUUGACCGACGUUCAGGGUAUUAAAAUGUUUCUGAGGAAAUGCUGGGGACUGGACAUAAGCACUAAGGAGUACGCGUACUUGAAAGGGGCAAUUCUAUUCAACCCAGAUGUUGCAGGGCUGCAGUGUCAACAUUACAUCCAGGCCCUGCAGAGCGAGGCGAACCAGGCGCUUAAUGAAUAUGUCAAAAUGAUUCACCGCGGGGACAGUGCAAGAUUCGCCAAACUCUUCCUCGCUCUCUCCAUGCUGAGAUCCAUCAACGCCAACGUGGUGGCCGGUCUCUUCUUCAAACCGGUCAUUGGAGCAGUCAACAUGGAGGAACUUCUUCUGGAGAUGUUUUAUGGAAAAUAAACUCUAAUGCAAAAAACAGGACAGAAUUAUCAAACUUGGAAAGAGUGGCAGUCGGCUGUGGACGGACAAAUUUUGAAAAUGACUGAUUCCUUUUUACACAUGCUAUUUUUGUACAAUAUAUGAGAGCUCUCUUUUUGCCUUCUGAGUUGAACUCAUCGCUGAAUCCAAAGUUGAUGACAACGUUUUUCCCAUUUGGGGAAAGAGCUUUAUAACUUUGUUCUGAUUGUUUGUUUUUUGUUUACUUGCUUUUAUGUGAUGUGCAGCCUUAUUCAUUGAUGAAUGUUUAUUUGAUUCUGGUUGGCACUUUAUAAUAACUUUCAUUAUUAGGAAAUCAUUAACAAGCAUUCAUUUAUAUAUGCUUUGGAUUUAAUAUAUAUGUUAAAAUGUAAUUAUAUUUGAUGCAAAAAUAAUAUAUUAUGUCUAAAAAUAAUAUAUUAUCUCAAUGUUUCAUUACUAUCUAUUUGAAUAUAUAUGAGCUAAUGAUCUGUUUUGCAUUAAAUAAUGUAACAAUUUUGGUUAGUAUUGUUAAUGAAAGUUAUUAUAAAGUGUAAACUAUAUUUGAACAUUAGAAAGUAUUGUACAUUUUUGUUAUGCAAUGACAUAAUGGAACAUGGUUACACUCCUUAACAUUUCCCAUAACAUAAUCGACAGGUAUGUAUUUUUUUGCAUUACUAACAGUAAAAUUUCGAUAAACAUGUCAACGUGAUGACAGACCUAAGCACAAAUACAAAACAGUUAUGAAAAUAAAAAAAAUAAUAAUUAGGAAA